GAUGAGUUCGAGCAGAUGCGCGCCUCCCUCACGGCCUCAGUUGGCAAGGCGGUCCGUGACAUCGUCGCAAGCAACCACGCUCAGCUGUUGGCUUUUAUCGACGCCCUCAUCUCUCGGGCCACAGCCCAGGCAUCCGAUGUGGACAAGCUGGUGCAGAACGCAGGCCGUCCGCAGGCUGCCAAUACCACGCACUCGGCCUUCCUCUCCGAGCUUGGCUUCAAGGAUGAUGAGUGCAAGGUUGAGCCCCGCGGCCAGCUUCCAACGAAGCGCUUCGUGGCCAAGCUCUGUGGCCUCCCUGGCCCUGCGAGCAAGAAGGUCCAGCGCGCCCUGGCAGGGUUGCGCAGCGAUGACAAGUCUUGGAAGGAGUUUCGCGUUGCUGCUCCUGGCUCGCCCAUCGAUGCCCGCCCCCACCUCGGCCCCGACAAAUCGCCCAAGCAGAUCAAG